UUUGAAUGUGGUUGACUUUAAGGGUUGAGUAUGCACAUCUAAGGAUCAUUCGCCAGAAGUUUCAAUAACAUUUUUCCAAUGGUUCAUGAGAUAUUUUGCUAAAAGACACACAGAUAUGACCAAAGACAUCAUCUUGCCUUUUAGUAAAAAGGAGUGAGCCUUUCAAAAUCUGUUUCUACAAAAAAAAAACUCAGUAAAACGCCCCCACCCAUCUGUGCAUACUUUAAGUUAAUCUACAACAGAAGAAUAAUUUCCUUGUGUGACUAAAGCAGCAAGCAGACAGAAAGAAGGGCUAAUUAAAGUUGUAACAUCUGCCUUCUGAGCUCUAAAUGUGUCUUAAGGCAACAAACAUCUUUCGCUCCACUUCCUCUGCUCCACUUCUCCAGUAGGGAGGGAGUAAAUAAGGUGUGUGCUGCUCCGACACAAAGCAGCCGAGUGUCACCAUCACGUUAGAAUAAAUACUGUAAGAGAAAGCUCCGGCAUCCACACAGGCUGCUGCCGGAGGAGGGAACAGGAGGAGGAACUGAAUUGGGUGGGAGGUCUGAGCAUCCAGCACGUAGCCUGCUUACAAAUGAACACCAAAACUCGGGAAGCGUGAGGGAGUUUGCGCUGCUCGUCGGAUCUCUCGCCCUCUCCUUUUCUUCCCCUCCUCCUCCGGUCUCGGAGCCCCCUUCGCGGGGCUGCUCUCUGCGGUUUCUGCUCCGAAAACGAUGCUCCGCUUCUGAGUGCGUCCACGGCUGCUGUGCACAGCCGGGGGACCGCUCUCUUCCUCAUUCCUUCCUUCUUCCCCUGCUGCCGCUGUGUCAAAAGAUUAACAACAGAACCCGACACUGCGGGAGGCGACAGAUCCAGAUCCGGAGCUUCUAAAAAAAAACAGCACAGAGAUUCAAAAAAAAAAAAAAAAAAGAAGUAAAAGGAAGAGUCAGGGACAUCUGCCAGACUAGAUCUACGUGGAGGAAGAAAUCUUUUAUUUUUACACAAGACUCCUUUUUAAAAUUUUUGAAGCAGAAGGGAUGACUUGUUCUUCUGGAUCCUGAGUGUGUCCGAACACCCGGACAGCGACACUUUUAUCACGGCUUUCCAUCGACAUUAACAGGGACUUUAUUGGUCACCGACGGCUCUUCCACUUCUUUUCUUUUUUUUUUUCCUCUGCUGUAAAUCAGAGCAGCAGGACGAUCGAGCCGGAGCGCAACACGAAUGGUUUGGGCAUGGUGCCCACGCCCCAGGUGUGCGUAUCAACCCUGGUCACGGUGAGCACGAUGGCAGUGGUGGACCUCUACCUGCUGGAGCAGAGCAUGCUGGGAGCCCGCGGUCUUUUGGGACCCAGCGUGUGGCAGUACGUGACAGUGCUGCUGGGUGACGUCUGCUUCCUGCUGGCUCUGCGCUUCGUCUCUGCCGGGGUGGUUUCUGAGGCGCAGUCGCCCCGCCGCGGGUUCGCCAACGCCCUCUGGUUCUUGUUCCUGUCGCUGCUCCAGCUGAAGCUCUUCUUCGUCUGCCACAACUACAGGCAGGAGCGCCGGCCGCCCGACCCGCUGGCCCGGAAGACGCUGACGCUGCUGCUGUCCAUCUGCCUGCCCUCCCUGUUCCUCAUUCUAACGGGAGCUGACCAUAUGACGCCACAGCGCAGGAAGCAGGAGGUGAGGAGUCGGCUCCUGUGGGUCGUGGUGGACCUGCUGGAUGUGCUGGACCUGCAGGCGGGGCUGUGGGAAGCCCAGGGCGGGUCUGGAGCAGCUGCGGAGCAGAGGCUGCCGAUCUGGGCAGAGGGUCUAGUCUUCUUCUACUGCUACGCCCUCUUGCUACUGCUGCCAUGUGUGGCCCUCACGGAGCUAGGGGCCACAGGCCUGCCAGGGCAGAGGGGACCCCGUAAGGAGGCUCUGUACCCUUGGCUCAGUUUGGUCACCAUUAACAUCUUCACACUGGCCCUGAGGGGAACGGGCAUGCUGUGGUACAGAGACUCCCGUGUGUCUACUGUGUUCCUGGGGAAAAACCUGCUGGCGUUAGCUGUGAAGCUGAGCUCCGCCUGGGAGAAACACAAGCAGGAGCACGGUGCAGCAGGAGCCGGGACUGGAGCUGGAGCAGAACCAGGAAGCUCCACGGUGCCAAGUCAGAACUCAGAGCAGGAAGAGGGCCAAGCCCAGGGGAAAGCUCCUCCCUCUCAUUAUCACACACUGCCUCGCUCUCAAAGCCACAAUCUCUCACACGUCAGCUUGGAGCCUACAGCGACGUCUUUAGGACCCUCUUUCAUCUCCCAUGAACUGUAGAGAAUCGAUCCGAACAUGCAUGCAGAAAUAUUUGUACGCACAUCUCGAAAUUACAACUUGGCCGGGGUGGCGCCUGUAUCACCUACCAACAGAUAACUCAUAUGAAAUGUCACUACAACAGUGGCCGGUGUAACACAGAGCCGUGGAAAUGCAUUUGGCAAGCUCGGCUGUCUGUGCAUUACAUCGUGCUAAGAAAAACUCGAAAUGCAUUGUUCUGAUUUGUGAGUGCUUUUUAAAAAGUCAACACUGUGAGUACAACUGCCAGACAGUCUUGUAGAGAGAGAGACGCUCUAGUCUAGCAGUGUUCAGUGUUGUGAAAUGGAGGCUUGAAUGCCUUACUUCUCACACGUUUGUUUAACUCUACAUUUUGCUGUUGGAAAUGUUUUAAUGAUGUUUUUAUCUUUUACUUUUAAUUCUGUUUCCCUUCUAAAAAUAUCCAAGUUUAAUUUGUGUGAUUCUGUGAAAAGAAAAAGAAUCAAAGCUUUUCCUCCAUCUCAUUAUUACAUCCCAAAAAUAUAGAUGUGACCUUUCA